UCACGUCAACAACAAGCGUGAAGCAAACUCAGUCACUCGGGAUUUUACCGGUUAGGCAGAAGUGGUUGUUGUGCCUACUAUAUCCGGUCGUGGUAGCUGUGCUCUGCUUUUAGCAGAAAGUUGUCACCCUAGACAUAACGGGCGUGUAAAAUCGCAAUGGACUUCAAGCAAUUCUGUGGAGACGAAGUGUUUUUCGACAGUAACAAAGUGUUCAACACUACCAAUCCAAAGUUCAGUCACUGUUUUGAGAAACUUGUAUUUGAUCUUGGGCCAUGUGUUUACCUUUGGCUUUUCUCAAUUCCAUAUUUCUUGGUGACAAGAAACUCAUACCAUUCUCAUAUCCCUGUAUCUGCAUUGUUCAAAGCUAAAUUGUUAUUCACCUUCAUAUUAUGGGCUCUAACUUGGGUUGACCUUGGUCGUGGUAUAUGGGAAUGGUAUAAUCAGAUUCAAAUACUGUAUGUGGAUCUUGUUACUCCACUCAUUGUUGGAGUUACAAUGACAAUUGCGUGUUUCUUCAUUUUCUUUGAUCGAUUGAAAGGAGUUCGAUCAUCAGGGUUACUCACCAUAUUUUGGAUUCUGUUCAUUUUGACUUGGGCUCUUGUGUUUCGAACCAAAGUACAAAUGUUACAAAAUGGGAACCUUUCUUAUGGAGACAUGAUGCGGGUUGUAACUUUCUUCAUCUCAUAUGCUUGCAUCAUUGCUCACUUUAUCAUGAGUUUCUUUGUUGAUUUACCUCCAGCCCAUGAACCUCGGGAUCCUUUCGGAGACGAGCGAACAGAGGAAGAGAUCAUCGCUGACAUGAAGAGAAGAAUAAAUACUUCACCGGAAGUUGCAUCUUCUUUUAUAUCAAGGAUGUUUUUUGAAUGGUUUUCAAAGAUGAUUAUGAGUGGAUACAAACACCCAUUGGUGGAUAAAGACUUGUGGGAUCUCAACCGUGAAGAUAAAUCUGGUCGAAUUUCUAAAAGGUUCUUGAAGAUCUGGAAUGAAGAAAAAGAUAAAUAUGUAAACACCAAUGAAAAUGAUGACGAUGAAACGGCCACUUUUGAAAGCUCUGACAGGGAAGUUCUCAUUGCAACCCCAUCCAGUGGCAAAAAGGUUGGAAAGCCUUCGUUAUUCAAAGCCAUGGUUCGAGCGUUUGGACCUUACUACUUGCUUGGAUCUGUGCUCAAAGUUAUCAAUGAUUUGCUCACAUUUGUGUCUCCACAACUACUCAGCGCUAUGAUUGCAUUCACUUCUGCCAAGUAUGCCCCCAUGUGGCAAGGAUAUGUUCUGGCUGUCCUACUUUUUGUCACAGCAAUUCUACAAAGCAUUGUCCUUCAGCAGUAUUUCCACAUUUGCUUCACUGUGGGCAUGCGAAUGAGAUCUGCUGUUGUGGCUGCUGUGUAUAAAAAGGCAAUGGUGUUAUCCAAUGCUGCACGCAAGGAAAGCACAAUAGGAGAGGUGGUCAACCUUAUGUCUGUAGAUGCACAAAGGUUUAUGGACCUUAUGACAUACCUCAACACUGUAUGGUCAGGACCUUUCCAGAUCACCCUUGCAAUAUAUUUUCUAUGGCAAACCUUGGGAGCAUCUGUUCUAGCUGGACUUGGAGUUAUGUUGUUUCUUAUUCCAAUAAAUGCAUUGAUUGCAAGGAAGACACAUCAACUGCAGGUGAAACAAAUGAAACUGAAGGAUGAAAGAAUUAAACUGAUGAAUGAAAUAUUGAAUGGGAUUAAAGUGUUAAAGAUGUAUGCAUGGGAGAUGUCUUUCAAAGAAAAAGUGCAGACCAUUCGUGACAAGGAACUUUCUGUGUUACGAACCGCUGCUUAUCUUAACGCAGUUGGUUCAUUCACGUGGGUUUGUGCUCCAUUUUUGGUUUCUCUAACCUCGUUUGCUGUUUAUGUUUUAUCUGAUAAAACACACGCACUGACCGCACAAAAAGCUUUUGUGUCACUUUCUCUCUUCAAUAUCCUGAGAUUUCCCCUUGUUAUGCUGCCAGCUGUCAUUGCAGCCAUAGUUCAGGCUAGCGUGAGCUUAAAAAGAUUGAGCAAUUUCCUUGGAGGAGACGAAUUAGAUCCGGAUGCGGUGGAUCGCUCCCCCAAUGCUCCCGGGGAGGUCGUGGAGGUUGAGAAUGCUACGUUCACUUGGAGCAAGGACGAAGAACCGAUCUUAAAAGACAUCAACAUGUCUGUACCACAUGGUUCACUUGUUGCAAUUGUUGGUCAAGUAGGAAGUGGGAAGUCUUCACUCAUAUCAGCUUUGCUUGGAGAUAUGGAGAAAAAAGCUGGGAGUGUGGCGGUUAAGGGAAGUAUUGCUUAUGUUGCCCAGCAAGCUUGGAUUCAAAACCUCACAGUUCAGGAUAAUAUUUUGUUUGGCAAACCACUGGAUGCUUGCUUAUACCAGCAAACUAUCGAGGCGUGUGAGCUGAAGGAAGACUUUGAAAUGCUGCCAGCUGGUGACCAAACUGAGAUAGGGGAAAGGGGCAUCAACCUAUCUGGUGGUCAGAAACAAAGAGUUUCAAUCGCACGAGCUGUGUACCAAGAUUCCGAUGUUUAUUUGUUUGACGAUCCACUUAGCGCGGUUGACGCACACGUCGGGAAAAAUAUUUUUGACAAUGUUCUUGGCCCGCGUGGAUGUCUCAGGAAAAAGACUCGCUUGCUUGUGACACACGGAGUCUCUUUCCUGCCUCAAGUGGACAAAAUCAUUGUACUUGUUGGAGGCAGAAUCUCGGAGGUUGGUAAUUAUGAUGAGUUACUUGAGAAAAAUGGAGAUUUUGCCGAAUUUUUACGAAACUACGCUCAACAAGAUUCUGAUUCUGAGGAAGAAGAUGAAUUAUUAACCCCUUCUUCACCAACAAUCACCAACGACCAGUUUGAACCAGAUGUUGAUGCGGAUGAAGCCGGUUCUGCUGACACCAUCGCAAGCAGAAAGUUCCAGAGACAAUCGAGUCGGAAAAUAAGUUUCGGACGACAAAGAAGUCGAGUUUCCUCUUCUGAGAAUCCGUGUCGAAAACUGAAACGAAAGAAAACUGAUCGUGAUAUUGAUAUCGCUGCUCAGAAGAAAAAAGAAAAAGAAAACAAACUUAUGACGACUGAAACUGCUGAAACUGGCAAUAUCAAGUUUUCCGUUGUUGUAUCAUACAUGAGAUCGGUUGGUUACUUGGUUUGUUUCAUCAUUGCCAUGGCUUACGCUUUACAAAAUGCAGCUCAAGUCUACUCAAGCAUAUGGUUGUCUGAUUGGAGUAAUGACCCGCAGAAUCCCGAUGGCACACAGAAUGGAACAGCAUUAAGAUUAGGUGUAUAUGGUGCACUUGGUAUGACGCAAGCACUUAUGGUCCUCGCAUCCGCUUUCUCUCUCUCCUACGGAUCAGUGAUCGCAUCCACUAUCCUCCACUCAAAGAUGUUGGUCCGCAUCUUCCGUGCUCCCAUGUCUUUCUUCGACACGACUCCUCUUGGUCGUAUCGUCAACAGAUUCAGCAAAGACAUUUACUUGAUUGAUGAAGUAAUUCCGCGAAGUUUCACCGGUUUAUUCAUGACUGGUUUCCAAUGUUUAUCCACGUUUGUAGUCAUCGUAUACAGCACACCCAUAUUUGCAGCCGUUGUUGUUCCAUUGCUUAUUCUCUACUAUUUUGUGCAGAGAUUCUACAUUCGUACUUCUCGUCAAUUAAAAAGAUUAGAAUCCAUCAGUAGAUCACCAAUCUAUUCACACUUCAGUGAAACUAUUGCAGGUGUCAGCACCAUCAGAGCUUAUGGAUUGCAGAAAGGUUUUACGAGAGAAAACGAAUUGAAAUUGGAUACAAACCAGAUGGCUUAUUAUCCCAAUAUUACUUCAAACAGAUGGCUGGCGUUAAGACUUGAAAUUGUUGGAAACUUAAUCGUAUUAUUUGCCGCUGUAUUUGCUGUGGUUGAAAAAAAUAACGGGAGUGUAAAUGCUGGUGUUGUUGGUCUGUCUAUCUCCUAUGCUCUGCAGGUAACCAUGAUGUUGAAUUGGUUGGUACGACAAGCAAGCGAACUUGAAACGAACAUCGUCGCAGUUGAACGAGUUGAGGAAUAUUCGUCCGUAGAUCAAGAGGCACCUCUCACAAUCGAAAGUACACGCCCCCCUUCAAACUGGCCAACCAGAGGCGAGAUAAAGUUUGAGCAUUACAGCACAAGAUAUAGGGAAGGGUUGGAUCUCGUGGUAAAAGAUAUUUCUGUUGAUAUUCUUGGUGGGGAGAAGGUUGGAAUAGUUGGUCGUACGGGGGCUGGUAAGUCAUCCAUGACGCUCGCUUUGUUCCGCAUCAUUGAGUCCGCUGGUGGACAAAUCACAAUCGACGGGAAACAAAUUUCCACUUUGGGGUUGGAGGAUCUCAGGUCAAAGUUGUCCAUUAUUCCUCAGGAUCCUGUCUUGUUCUCUGGUUCUCUGCGAAUGAAUCUUGAUCCGUUUGACCAGUACAAGGACGAUGAAUUAUGGGAUGCAUUGGAACAUUCACAUCUCAAAGAUUAUGUGGUUGGUUUGCCAAAUAAGCUUGAGAAUGAAGUCUCGGAAGGAGGGGAGAAUUUGAGUGUUGGUCAAAGACAGCUAGUUUGUUUGGCACGAGCGUUGUUGCGAAAAUCCAAGAUUCUUGUCUUGGAUGAAGCAACUGCUGCAGUUGAUCUUGAAACGGAUGAUCUUAUUCAGGCAACUAUUAGAGUUCAGUUCUCUGAUUGCACGACCUUCACCAUCGCUCACAGACUAAAUACCAUCAUGGAUAGCACAAGAGUGUUGGUGUUGGAUAAUGGUAGAGUGGCUGAGUUCGAUACACCCGAGAAAUUACUCGAAGCCAAAGGAAUUUUCUACUCCAUGGCAAAAGAUGCUGGCCUUGCAUCAUAAUUGGGGAUAAUCACUUCAUUAUGAUGUCAUAAUGGUAUAAUUGGGUUCCUUCUCUACAGUGUUUGGUAUUCGCUGAUUUAAGAUUCUGUCCGCUAGGGUUCAGUAUUGUUUAAAAUCUAUGCAUAGUCAGCGAGCAUGAUGCAGCGUUUUUUCGACAAAUGUUCUUGAUGCCACCUCGAUAUAAUGCUUUAAAUGAUGUUUGUAAUUUGAUGGGCAGCAUAGAAAUCAAAUUAUGAAUCCCUCUAUUUCUAUGUUAUUUUGUCUGUAAAUAUCUGCAUUUCUACGAUAUACCUAAUUAUUAAUAUACUAUUUAUUCUAAUACUACAUAUAUAUCAUUAGAGCAAAUUAAGAAGCCUGUCUGUUGAAAUUAACGCCUUCUCAGUUAGUAAUUGUUUCAAUUGUUUAAAGUAGUCAUUGUGUAUCAAGUACUUUCUAGUUCACUAUCAACGACUCUUAUCAAGUGAUUAUAAUUUACCACACUACCUAACCAUUGCACAUAUAACCGGAAAUUGCUUUUUUCUCACAAAAUCGAUACAAUAAUGUUACAAGUUUUUUUGUGUUGUAAAUACAAGAAUACAUUCUCAUAUAUUG